AAUUACAAUAAAAAAAUAAAAAAAUCUUGUGGGUGGAACGUGUGGAGAGGCAAUAAUGAAGUGGCUGGCACGUGUGUGUGUGUGUGUGUGUAUUUGUGAAGGAAGUUGAAGAAAAGAAAACCUCAUCUUCAUCUUCUGUCUGUCCUCUCUUCCACUCAGUUCAGGAUGGCAGCAUAUGCUUCUUGUUCUAUUUCCUCUGCUGCUUUACCCUUUUUCCAACAACGGAGGAUCCCACUACUACAACCUCCACCUUCUUUUUCUUCACCUUUCAAUAACACAGGAGGAAGAGGAGGAGGAGGAGGCGGAACACUCAUCCCCCAAUGUUUAAAUGGAAAAAAGAGAUUCAGCCUAAAGUUUUCAAACAAACAUAGAUUCACUUCAAUCCAUACUAGAAGUACCAAUGAUGAUGAAAUUGACACCUCUAAUAAACAGACAAAGAAGGCACCAUUUGGAUAUUCAAGGAAAGAUGUCAUUUUAAUUGGACUUGGAGUUACUUUCCUUGGCAUUGCCUUAAAAUCCGGACUAGAGUUUGCCGGAGUUGAUCCACUCCAAGCUGGAAAUGUGGUUCAACUUGUGCUUGUUUUGGGCCUCACAGUUGGAUGGAUCUCCACAUAUAUCUUCAGAGUUUCAAACAAGGAAAUGACAUAUGCACAGCAGCUACGUGACUACGAAAGCAAAGUCAUGGAGAAACGAUUAGAGUCCCUAACAGAAGCAGAGCUACAAGUACUGCUUCAAGAAGUUGAGGAAGAGAAGAGUCGUUAGCUUUAGCUAGUGAUGAAGAGGUGAAUUGAAGUAAGCUUGUUUGUAUAUAAUUAAACACUUAAGUUAUACAGCAGCAAGUAAACAGAGACAUUAAUCUGUAUGGCUAGUUUAGAAAGGGUUUUUGCUAUGUUUGCUACAGUUCACUCUCAGACAACAUACAUGUAGAGAAUUCCAAAAUUAUAGUGUUUGGUAUCUUAGCAAUAUGUAAUAUACACUGCCCUUUAUUUAAAGCGAUUAUUUACAAAAACACAUAAACAGAAGUUCAAUACUUUAUUUGGUUUCUUUCAAGA